CUAAGGUACCCAAAUCAUGCGGCCGGCGGAUAGCACCGAAGAUGCCUCGAAGGAGGUACCAGUGCCGGCGAUAGCCGUCUCUGUCUAGGAAAUCAACACGACACUUGUCGAGUUCGACGGCCCGCGCGAGGCGCUAUGGACGGACGGAGCGACUCAGCAACACCUUUCAAGCAGCUUGGCACCCAGCGCAGGCGAAUACGCUGGUCGAGAUCGGGCGAUGAGCGGUAGCACUGUCGCGCCCAGCAGAUCCUGGUUGGAAAUUCCCUCCGAGAAGCAGCGAAGGUCAAGUUCGGCAUCUAGUAUCUUUUCGAUCAAGGAAAAGGACAAUGCCCUGGAACCCGAUCCUGGCUGCGAGUCCGACUUCCUGGUGGAGAACAACCCCUUCUCGUUCUCGCCGGGCCAGCUCAACAAGCUUUUUAACCCUAAGUCAUUGCCGGCGCUCAUGGCCCUCGGUGGACUUUCGGGACUGGCGAAGGGGAUCCACACUGAUAUUGUGACGGGCCUCUCCAUGGCCACCACAAACCAACACAAUUACAGUGACGGGCCGAAACACGCGGCUCCAGGUUCAUCUCCAGACGCCGCCGAGCGAACCCGUGUCUUCAAACGCAACGUCCUUCCUGAAAAGAAACCCACGCCGCUCUGGAAGCUGGUGUGGAUAGCUUAUAACGAUAAAAUCCUGAUCCUCUUGACAGCAGCAGCCAUUAUAUCCCUGGGAUUAGGGCUAUAUGAGACUUUUGGGACGCACAAGCCGGGCGAAGGCAUGUCCGUCGACUGGGUCGAAGGAUGUGCUAUCUGCGUUGCCAUCGUGAUCGUUGUCAUGGUGGGGUCGUUGAACGACUACCAGAAGGAGAGGGCCUUUAUGAAGCUUAACGCAAAGAAGGAAGACCGGGAGGUGACGGUCACUCGGUCAGGCAAGGCUGUCCGCGUUUCUGUCCAUGACGUCUUGGUUGGCGACAUCUUACACCUUGAACCAGGCGAUCUGGUCCCUGUGGACGCGAUUUUCAUUACGGGGCACAACGUGAAGUGUGACGAGUCGUCUGCGACGGGAGAAUCCGAUCAGUUGAAAAAGACAGGAGCAGAGCAGGUAGUGCGCCUGAUAGAGCAGGGUCACACCCGACUCCGAGAUCUAGAUCCCUUUAUCAUCUCCGGCAGCAAGGUUCUCGAAGGCGUUGGCACCUGUUUGGUCAUGUCAGUUGGCAUCAAUGCCAGCUACGGCAAAAUCCUCAUGGCGAUGCGCCAAGAUAUGGAGGCCACCCCGCUACAGAAGAAACUGGAUGGCCUGGCCACCGCUAUUGCAAAACUUGGGAGCGCCGCCGCCAUCCUUCUAUUUUUUGUCCUGCUGUUCCGUUUUCUAGGGUCCCUCGCUGGCAAUCAUCUGAGCAGCACCGAAAGGGCGUCUGAGUUCACUGAUAUUCUCAUCGUGGCUAUCACGGUGAUUGUCGUGGCCGUUCCCGAGGGCUUGCCUCUGGCCGUCACUUUGGCUCUCGCUUAUGCGACCACCCGCAUGGUGAGACUCAACAACCUAGUCCGCGUUCUCAAGUCCUGUGAGACAAUGGGAAACGCGACCACCGUAUGCUCCGACAAAACUGGAACCUUGACGCAAAACCGCAUGACUGUCGUCACGGGGACGCUCGGUGGGGACGGCUUCGACGACAAGAAUCAGACCGGUGAUGAACACCGGUCGAAUGCAUUCGCGCGCGACAUAGCUCCACAGUAUAAGCGUCUGCUGAUCGAAUCGGUCGCCAUAAACUCGACUGCAUUUGAGGGUGAGGAAAACGGCGCACUGGGGUUCAUCGGUUCCAAAACCGAGACCGCCCUGCUAGGAUUCGCACGCGAUGUCCUCGGAAUGGGUUCUCUAGCGGAAGAGCGGGCGAACGCAAAGCUCGUCCAGUUUAUGCCAUUUGACUCUAGUCGUAAAUGCAUGGGUGCCGUCGUCCAACUCCCUGACGGACGAUAUCGUUUCUUUGUCAAAGGUGCUGCGGAGAUCCUACUGGGCUAUAGCGCCCGGAUCUGUACGCCUUCUGGGGACAUUGAUGACCUGGAAGAUAGCCAACGGAGCCGUCUGGACGACCUCAUCUUGGACUAUGCGCAACAGUCUCUUCGCACCAUAUCACUGGUUUGUCGGGACUUUUCGACAUGGCCACCAGUCGAAGCUGUCAGUGGAGAUGAUCCUAACGGGGCAAACCUAGCGUUACUUCUCGAAGACAUGGUGUUAAUCGGGAUCGUGGGGAUCCAGGAUCCCAUUCGGCCGGGCGUUCCUGAGGCCGUGGCCAAGUGCCAGCAUGCAGGUGUGACCGUUCGGAUGGUCACCGGCGACAACAUGGUAACCGCCAAAGCGAUUGCCACCGACUGUGGCAUCUACUCCGGGGGCAUAAUCAUGGAGGGGCCGCAGUUCCGCACGCUAUCCAAUGAGCAAUUCAAGGAAGUACUCCCCCAUCUGCAGGUGCUGGCGCGCUCCUCGCCCGAGGACAAGAAGAUCCUUGUGACCCGACUUCGCGACAUGGAAGAGAUCGUAGCCGUCACCGGCGACGGGACCAAUGAUGGACCAGCGCUCAAGGCGGCCAAUAUUGGGUUUUCGAUGGGCAUCUCCGGAACGGAAGUCGCCAAGGAAGCGUCGGCGAUCGUGCUCAUGGACGACAAUUUCGCCUCGAUUCUGACUGCAUUGAUGUGGGGACGGGCUGUCAACGAUGCCGUCCGGAAAUUUCUACAGUUCCAAGUCACGGUCAAUAUCACCGCCGUCUUGUUGACGUUCAUAUCGUCUGUGUCCGACCCAGAGAUGCGGUCAGUGCUGACAGCCGUUCAGCUCCUGUGGAUCAACUUAAUCAUGGAUUCUCUCGCCGCCCUGGCUCUAGCGACAGAUCCUCCCACGGAGGAGAUCCUCGACCGACCGCCCGCCCAAAAAGGCGCCCCUCUCAUCUCCACCACAAUGUGGAAAAUGAUCAUCGGCCAAUCCAUCUUCCAGCUGACGGUGACCCUAACCCUGCACUUUGGCCACAAACUGCUACCCUACCCCGAUGCCGAACGUCGAUCCAUCAUUUUCAACACAUUUGUGUGGAUGCAGAUCUUCAACGAGUUCAACAACCGGCGUCUGGACAACCAGUUCAAUAUCUUCACGGGCCUCCACCGCAACUGGUUUUUCAUCGGCAUCACCUGUCUCAUGGUGGGCGGUCAAAUCAUUAUCGCUUAUUUUGGCGGGGCCGCGUUCAGCAUCGUGCCGAUCUACGGGGAACAGUGGGCGAUCUGCGUCCUGGUUGCUGCCAUCAGUUGGCCCUGGGCUAUCGCCGUUCGCUGUUUUCCGGAUGCUUGGUUUGCGGCGGUGGUACGGACGGUCGGGAAACCGGUCAUCCCUGUUUAUCGGUGGCUGGGUAAGGGGAUGAAUGCCGUAGUUAAAGUCGCGAGGCGAGUAUUGAGGCGGUAGACUCGUUGAGUGUCCACAGCCUCAUCCAUAUGCACUUGUAUCUAUCUUUACCACGUUGAUAGGACGAGGCUGAACAUGGUCGCAGUACUAAUGCUGCUAGUCCGACUAGGAUGGAAGUGGAGGAGAGGUGAGA